AUGGAGUUUCAAGUGGGUGAUCCCGUACUGAUAAAAGCCUCUCCUUGGAAAGGGAUGAUACGCUUUGGGAAGCGGGAAAAGAUGAACCCAAGAUACAUCAGACCAUUUGAAAUCCCUGUCAGGAUUGGUCCGGUGGCUUACAAGCUACAAUUACCACAAGAACUCAUCAAUGUACACCCUGUCUUUCAUGUGUCAAAUCUGGAGAAAUGCUUAUUUGAUGAUACUCUAGUUGUCCCGCUUGACGAAAUCGAGGUGAAUGAAAAUCUCCAUUUCAUUGAGGAACCAGUUGAAAUUAUGGAUAGAGAAGUGAAACGAACAAAGCAAAGCCACAUUCCCAUUGUAAAGGUCCGAUGGAGUGCCAAGCGAGGAUCUGAGUACACCUGGGAACACAAAGACCAGAUGAUCUGUUGGAUUAAUGUCUAA